GCCUCCUUCCCCUUGCGCGGCUGCGAAGGCUGUGGCGGAGCAGCGAUGGGGCCGGUGGGAGCCGUGGCUGUGCGGGAUGGCGGCGCCGCUGCUGCUCUGCCUCACGGCUUCUGGGCGGCGGUGCGCGUCUGGCUGGAGAAGCCGCAGGUGGUAAACAGGCGGCUGUGCGGUGCCGUCAUCGAGGCAGAGGGGACGCUGCCUCCUGAGGAGAGCGGGGAAAUGUCUCCCCCGCUCCCGACCAGGCGGGAAGGCGGCAGCGGCGCGGGGCAGGAGAGGCGAGAGGCGGCUGUUGGCGAUGCGGAGCUGGGCUGGCUCUGGAGGGAGGUGUGCGGUCAGCUGCCGGAAGGGCGCGGGAACUUGCCGCCCUCCCUCAAGCCUUGGGGUGGGCCGGGGCGCCGCGCUGGUCUCCACGCCGUGCUGAGAAUGCUACUGCCUCGGUCGCGACCCGUCGGCCCGCCCGCCCCGCCGAGGCGGGAGCUGGCGGUACAAGAUGUUUACAAUGGAACCGUGACAUUUCUGCCUUUGGAGGAAAAUGAUGAAGGAAAAUACCAGAUUAAAAAGUGCCAUAUUUAUCAAAUUCAACUCACACACAUAAAAGAUGAGGAAUGGUCCAUGUCUGUUGUAGCUCCAUUUCCAGAAGAUUGGCUUUCAGAUGGAAUUACAUAUCCCAAACUAGCAUGGCUUGGAAAUGAACUUUUGUCCAAACUAGCUAAGUGGUCUGUAGAGCAAAAGCCCAGUGAGUUUAAAAGUACACUGUCACUCAUUUCGGUAGCAAAAUACAGCCAAGUUUAUCAAGACCUUAAAGAAAAAUACAAAGAGAUAGUAAAGGUGUGGCCUGAAGUUACAGAUCCUGAGAAAUUUGUUUAUGAAGAUGUUGCCAUUGCUGCUUACUUGCUGAUUCUUUGGGAAGAAGAGAGAAAGGAAAAAGGGUUGACCAAGAAACAGUCAUUUGUAGAUCUUGGAUGUGGAAAUGGUCUACUGGUUCAUAUCCUAAAUAAUGAAGGGCAUUCAGGUAGAGGAAUUGAUGUCAGGAGGAGAAAAAUAUGGGACAUGUAUGGACCAGAAACCCGUUUAGAGGAAUCUACAAUCAUGCCAGGUGACAGUCAUCUCUUUCCAGAUACUGACUGGCUUAUAGGAAACCAUUCAGAUGAGUUAACACCGUGGAUUCCUGUUAUCGCAGCCAGGUCUUCAUAUUCAUGUUGCUAUUUUGUGCUGCCAUGUUGCUUCUUUGAUUUCCAUGGAAAAUACAUUCGAAGACAAAGCAAGAAGACUCAGUACAGAGAGUAUCUUGAUUUUGUUGUUCAAGUGGGAUCUGUAUGUGGCUUUCACGUGGAGGAAGAUUGCCUUAGAAUUCCAUCAACAAAAAAGGUGUGUCUCAUUGGAAAAAACAGAACUUACCCACCUACAGAAAGUGCCCUGAUUGACAAGCAGAUAACACAGUAUCUUAAUAAUCGUCCCACCUGUGCUGUGGUCACAUGCAACAGAAGAACUGGAUUUAAUCAUAAGGAUCAGUCUGAUAAUGUAAGGGAGGGAAUGGGCUCAGAACUUCCUGAAAAUGAGUCUACAAUUUGGAUGCCUGGAUUUCAACCCAGAGAAAAAAUAGAACAAAUCAGAAAUUGUUCUUCCCUCCCUCGGGAUUUUGUAGAUGAUGUGGUUCUCAAUGUGGCAAACUUGCUUUUAAAUGAAGCCCCUGAAAAAUCAUAUUCUAAUAUGCAUGGUGGCAAUACAAAUACCUGGAAUCAAGGAGAAAGCCUUUCCUUGAGAGAAGUAGCAGAACAGCUAAAUAAAGAAACUUUAAAAAGGCUAAAAAGUGAAUAUGGAGGCCUGCAGACGCUACUCAAGAACAAUCAUCAAGUAUUCAAAGUUCUAAAUGGGAGAGUUCAUAUUCGUGACUGGAGGAAAGAGAAACCAUCACGGAAAACUAAGCCUGAAGUGAAACGGUGCCUUGCAGCUGAAGCAUUUAAAACACGUCUCUGCUGGUUUUUCAUUCAUCAUCCUGAUGGUUGUUCUUUACCUUCUGAGUUAUGCCCAUAUGCUCAUGGAACUGAGGAGCUAAGGGAGUCUCAGAUUAUUAAAAAGAAAAAACAUAUACAGUAAUAAAAUGUUGCCACUUAUAUUUAAACUCAUGUACAUAACUGAAUCUACGAUUGCCUUUGGGACUACCUACUGCAUGUAGAUCUCUACAAUUUGGAGGGAUUUUCCCCAUUUCAUGCAUCUUAUUUAUGCAUCUUACUCUUUCCUAUGCGUUGCUGGUUUAAAAGUUCUCCUGCAUUUUUAAUAUUGUUUUAUUAACAUGUAAAAGACAGUAUUUUUACUUGGGGAAAAUAGAAAUAUAUAUAGCUUCAGAACAGUCUAUUUUCUGUCACACUUAAAAUGUGGAUACUUUUCUGGGUAGGCAUCAUUUGCAUUGUUGUUCACAAUAUUACUGUCACUUCAUCUUCUAAGUUAUUAGCCCAGAUCUAGAGCAAGUCCUAGAGGUAAUUACUUCAUAGUAGCUAGCAUGGGCUAUGUUUUGGAUUUGGGCUGGAAACAGUGCUGAGAUUGCUGUGAUGGUGCUGAGAUUGCUGUCAUGUUUUUGUUCCUGCUGAGCUCCACAGAGUCAAGGCCUUUUCUGCCUCUCAUCCCACCCCACCAGGGUGUAGUGCACAAGAACUCAGGAGGGGACACAGCCAGGACAGCUGACCAAAGUGAUAUUCCAUAACGUAUGUUGUCAUGCUCAGCAUAUACAGCUGGGGGAAGAAGGAAGGUGGGACAUUUGGAGUGGUGAGGUUUGUCUCCCCAAGUAACCAUUACUGAAAAUGGAGCCCUGCUGUCCUGGAGAUGGCUGAACACACCCGCUGGGCGAUGGGGAGUGGUGAAUGAAUUCCUUGUUUUGCUCAUGAGAACAGCUUCUGCUUUGGGUAUUAAACUGUCAGUAUCUCAA